GAAAUUGAAGCGUUUCUACGAAUCAUAAUGAAUGACAUAAAAGUUGCAGUUCUGGGAUCCGAGGGUGUCGGGAAAUCAGCACUUAUUGUUCGAUUUCUAACCAGGAGAUUUAUUGGAGAAUAUGCAUCAUCAUCAGAGUGCAUUUACAGAAAGCGCAUGUCUAUAGAUGGAAGACAGCAUAAUCUUGAACUGUAUGACCCCUGUUCUCAGCCAUGCGAGGGGAAGUCCACACUCAAUGAGCAGAUCCAUUGGGCCGAUGGCUUUGUGGUCGUUUACAACAUCAGCGAUCGUUCCUCCUUCCUCACAGCCAAAGCCAUAGUGCAUCUGAUCCGAGAGCUUCACCUGGGAGGGUCUAAAAGCAGGGACACAGACUCUGUGAUUUUCCUGGUGGGCAAUAAGCAAGACUUGUGCCACAUGCGGGAAGUGGACAGGGAGGAAGGCCAGAAGUUGGCGUCCGAGCGCCGCUGUCAGUUUUACGAGCUGUCUGCUGCAGAGCACUACCAAGAGGUGGUGCUCAUGUUCUCCAAGAUCGUGCGCAAUGCCAGUCUGGGAGGCAAGGCCAAGGAGCGCCGCCGUCGCCCUAGUGGUUCAAAGUCCAUGGCCAAACUCAUCAACAAUGUCUUCGGAAAAAGGCGGAAAUCUGUUUAAAAAAACGAACUUGGACAAUUGUUACAGGACUGACGCAUGAGAUGCGCCACACUUGUUUAUAUAGUUCCUCACCGCUUAUUGUUAAUGUCUUGUCUUGGCCACACAGUCAUUACCAGGUGAAUCUCAUGAAACACAUCAAGAACAUGGACA